AUGCUGUCAUCCUCAAAACUAUUUAAUAGUCAGUCUCAAUUAGAGUGUAAAUAUUCAUUUUCAUUUUUAUCUUAGAAUGCUUACUUGAUAUUUCAACCAAAAUUUUACAUGACUCUGCUAUUGAAUCAAAUAAAGAUUCUAAAAGCAUUGUAUUUAGUAGAAUUAAAGAAAUUACUCUUGAAGCUUUUUCAAAAUAGUUUACAGAUGAAAUUCAUCGUUUACAAGCAGAAUUAAGAUCAGAAUAAGCUCUAAACGAUUCAAUUAAAAGAGAAUUCUUAGAAAGGGAAGAAACUAUCAUCUAAGAAUUUGAUUCUAAACACAGAGAAUUUUAAUUACAGUAAAUUAGAGAAGUUUAAGAAUUAUAGGAUUUAUUAGAAACUUCAGAAACAUAGCUUCAAGUAAAUUUAUAUUUCAAAAUUAGAAAUAUUAACAAUAAAAUGAUAAGUUCCAUAAGUAACUCAAAGAAUUUCAAUCCAAAGAACAAUAACUAUUGAAAGAGAAUUUACUAGCAAAAGAAAAUUUAUAAUAAUAGGAUUAACGAUAAAAACUAUUAAAUUCUGAUCUAAAUGAUAUGAAAUCAAAAAAUGAAUCUCUGAACUAAUUAAAUUAGUAAUUAGAUAGAUAGAAUAGAGAAUUUAAAAAUGAAUAUGAACGUACAUUAAAAGAACUUACAGAUAUUAAAAAAAAGUCAUAACAAUAAGUGGAACUCAAUAAUUAAUUGGAAGAAGAAAUAGAAUAAUAUAAAAAUGAAAUUGAUAAACUUAAAACAAAAAAACAUCAAGAAUUAUUGAAAUAAAAAGAGCUUCUUGAUUAAUUGAAAGAAAAAAGUAAUUAAAAAAUUAAUGAAUUGAAAAGUAGGUUAAAAGAGGCUCAAAAUAUUUAAUAAUAACAGUAAGAAUAGUUGUAUGAAUUCUAAGAAUUAAUUAAAGAAUCUGAAAAUUAAUUAACUUAAUUGCAAGUUAAUCAUAAAUAAAAUCAUAAAUCAAUAGAAUCCUAAUAUAAAAAAUAAUUCUAAGAUUUAGAAUAAUAAUUUUUAGAGGAAAAAUUGAACUUAGAAGAAAAUUUAAAAACUUCUUUUGAAUAAGUUGUUAUAGAUAAAGAUAAACAAAUAUAAGAUCUUAUUAAAGAAGCAAAAACAUUAAAAGAAAAACUUUAUCAAUAAAAUUUAGAAUUUGAAAAAAUGUAAAGGUAAUAAGGGAAUCUUGAAAUGGAAAUUAAUCAAUUAAAUGAUGAAAUAAAUUAGUAAAAUUAAGAUUUAGAAGAAUCUGAGAAUAAAAAUAGAAAUCAAGAAUUGGAGAUCACAAAAAAAGAUUAAAAACUUAAGGUUUUAUUAGCAGAAUUAGAUGAUAUUAAAGUAUUUUAAGAAUAAACCUUAAAUACAAUUAGAGAAAACUAGGACUAUAUCAAUGAGAUUGAAAAAGAAAAUCAGUAGUAUUAAUAAUUUUUAUAACAUAUUUAAAAUCUCUUAGAUAUUUAAAUUUAGGGAUCCUUUUCAUUUAAAAGAUUAGGAUCAGAAGUAGAAUUAAAAUUGAAAUAAAAUAAAGAUGAUAUUAAGAGAUGUAUGGAAGAAAUUAAGAAGAAAGAGGAAUAAUAUAAUUAAGAGUUGUAAGAAAAAGAUUAAAAACUAAUGCUAUUGUAAGAUAAUUUUAAUGAAGAAAACAACAAAAUUUAGUUUUAAUUUUAAGAAUAAUAAUCUGAGAAUAGAAAAUAAAGAAAUGAGUUUAAAUAGAAAAUUGAAGAACAGAAUAAAAUAAUCAUAGAAUUAUAAAAGGAUUAAAUAGAAAGUAAUAAUUAAAUAGAAUUUUUACAAAUUUAGAAUCAAUAGAUUAUUUAAGAUUUAGAAUCAAAUAGUGAUCAAUUAGAAUGUGCUAAAUAAGAAAUCUAAGAUUUAAUAAAAAAAGAAAAAAUUUAAAAUGACGAAAUUGGUAAAUAAAUUAGUAUUUUGAAUAAUGAUAAAAAUUUAUUACAAGUUUAACUUGAGGAAUAGAAAUUUAAAUAUAAAACGUUUUAGUAGAGAGUUACUAGAGUUUUAAGUAGAUAAAAAGAAUUAACAACUGUUUAACUUAAAGAAUUAAGGAACCUUUUUUUAAAUAAAUUAAAGUAGUUGGAAAGUGAUUGUAAAUUAAUUUUACAAAAUUUGUAUAAAAAAUAACUGAUUGUUACAGAUAAUAAGGUGUAAAUGAUGGAAAAUGAAAAAUAAUUUGAAAUUGAAUAAAUGAAUCUGGAAAUGGAGAAAAAAUUAGAUAAUUUAAAGAAAUAAUUUAAGUAAUCAGAAUAAUUAAUUUAUGAAGAAGGUUAAAUAAAAUUAAAAUAGAAAUAAUAACAAAUUGAAUAAUUAAUUAUGUCGAAAGCUAAUGAUAAUGAAUUUAAGAGUUAAAUAUAAAUAUUAAAUAAAGAGAAUGAAGAAUUUUAAAAACAAUUGUAAUUACAAGAAUAAUUAUAUAUUGAAUAAAAAUAAAACUAUGAAUUAGAAUUAAUGAACUUAAAUAAACUAAUAAAGGAAUAAUAAGAAGAAUUGUAUAAAUAUUUUUAUAAUUUAGAAUUUCAUAGUAAUAGUUCUCUGAAUAUACAAUGAACAAAGAGAGAUAAUUUUUUGAGUAAAGAUAUUAGGAAUUGAAACUUAGAUCAGAGAAAAAAGUAGAUUAAAUUUAAUAAGAUUACUAAUUAUAAAUCACUUAAUUAGAAAAUAUAAUUCAAUAGCCAAUGAAGAUGAAAUCUUAUUCUCCAAAUAAAAAUAUUCAAAAAUCUCCUAUUUAAAAUAAGUAACCUACAUAAUUCAGUAAAAAAUUAUAAUAUUAUGAGGCAAUAAAUCUUAAAGUUUUGGUAGUCCAAGUAUAAAUGCAGGAAUAAAAACACCAAAUAAAACAGUGAUUUAAAUUGAUAAUACUGACAAAACAAUAGAAGAAUUAAGAUUAGAGAUUUAAUAAUAAAAAGAAAAACUAAGUUAAAUGAAACUAACAUUUACAGAAAGUUAAAAAAAGCCAUUUAAAAGAAGUUGA